GUCCCCAAGGGAUGCUGGGAGAAAUAGUUGGGCGCUGGCCAGCACUGCGGGCUCAGGCCGGUAGGAAAAAAAGAUGGCGACCAUGUUCAAUGAUGAAACCCAAAAAUUUAUCGAAAAAGAACUMCUGGAAGUAAAGACAAAGAUUCUAGAGAAUGUAGAAGGAGURGAAAUUAUUUCUCUUCAUAUUUUAAACGUUCAAGUUCGUUUAAARCGGACCAAGCACAAGCAUGUGACUGUGAAGAUGCAAUUCCCAGCUAACUACCCCAAUGAUAUAAUUUUGAUUGAACUUAAAAGCAGUGUUCUCCCUCCGAAAUUACUUAGCAAACUAAUGGACACUUGUGACCAAGAAAUGAAACAACAUGCUGGAAAACAACAGAUUUAUCUCUUGGUGUCAUUUGUUCGUAAAUUCCUUGAUGAAAAUCCGUUAAUUGUAUGUAGUGAAGAAUUGAGUUACAUCAAAGAUAAGUUAAUAACAGAAAGGGAUCAGUUAAAGAUCAAGCAAAAAGCUGGCAUUAUUAAUAUCUCUAUUAAUGAAAACAAUUAUUUUAUGGAUGUUCGACUUACAAUCCCUGACAACUAUCCAGACGAAGCUGUCAGCAUAGAACUCAAAGAGUCCAAUUUCCCUACUUCCCUGGUUAAAGUAUUCAUGGGGCAAGCAGUAGAUAUGGCAAGACAGUGUGUACAAGCUCCAGUCARGAAAAAUCCCAAGGCUCCACCUUUCCARCCCAAACCUUCACUAAAAUUGGUCAGYGAGUUCCUAAUCAAGGACUGUGGAAGACGUUAUCCCACAGAAGAUUGUACACUYUGUAAGAAAAAAGCACUUCCAUCAAAUCCAAAGGAUUGUAUCACAGACCCCAAGAAUCCAUUGUUUGUUGAGAGAAUUUACUGUACCCACUUAUUUCACUAUAGUUGCUUGGAUAAAUAUAUGAAAACACCUCCUUUUACAGGUGGUAAAAAGUGUACAGGACCAGGAUGCGGUAAAAGAAUAUACCAUGAUCGCUGGAAUGUAACUCCUAAACUUGCUGAAGACAGAUGGGCUCAUAAAGAGGCCAAAAACAGAGAGUUAACAGAAGUUGUGGACUUUUUAAGUGAUUGCAUCUGAAUUAAAAUCUAUCAAUAUACAAAUAAUAAUAAUUACAAGGUACAAAGUACAAUAAUUAUUUUUCUGAAGACAUUCUGCUCCACUAUAACUUCCAAGUUGCUGAUGUUGCCAAAGCUGUCUGUGUUAAAAGAACUACAAAUCCAGGGAAAAGAACUUAGUAUUAUUCCAAAAAAAAAUGGUUGACAGUCUUAUUUAAUUUGGUCAUGGAUGUCUGUGUUUUAAAAGAACUACAAAUCCAGGGAAAGGAACUUUAUAUUAUUCCGAAAAAAUGGUUGAUGGUCUUCUUCAAUUUGGUUGUGGAUGUACUCAACUGGAUGUGCUUUUGUGGCAAACACUGUGAAGUGCUCCAUCAAGGAAUGAUGGGCAUUGGACCUAAGAUUAGUAAAAGAAAUACAAUUUUAUUACACAAAAAAUAGAUAGAGAUUUUCAUUGGACUGUCAAAUUGUUACUAUUAGUGUGCUAAUGUAAUAGCUAAGGACACUUUUCUUUGUUGGAAUAUGACAAUAGUCUCCAAUAGUUCCCUGUGACAUCUUGAAACGUAACCAUGCCUUUGCAUCAAAGCGAGACAGAUGUUGAGCGUGCAAUGAUAGGAACCUUUCACACCUAAAUGACAAUUAUUAACAGGUUUCUUUUAUUGCAUGCUCAAUGGUUAUUUCACUUUAAUGUAAAGGCUCGAAACCUUUGAUGGCACAGGGAGCCGUGAAGGAGACUAUUAGAAACUAGUAAACAUUGACUUUUAGGAAUUGUUUCACAGUCCAAUGAAAAUCAGUAGUUUUUUGACAAUUCACAUCUUGCAUGAUUGUAUAUUUUCCUGAGAAGUCCUUACUAUAGAAAACUAGCUUUGAACAACCCAGCUCUAGUCUCCUUGGCAUCCAUUCCUGAGUGAAAAAUGCAGGUCGAUGACACCAGAAAUACUUGCAUAGGAGUCUACAGUGUACUUUGACAUUGAGGACACUGAAACCACUUCAGAACAAUUUGAUAAGUACCCAAUCAUAUUGCAGCUUAUAUUUCAAGAUUAUAAUAAACAUAGGAGCUCUGUAAUUUGAUUGGUUAGUAUGGUUUUACUAAUUUCUGAUUGGCUGGUAAUCCAUGGUGCAGUCUGGUAUGUAUCCUGUGAACAGAGAUUUGUAUAAAAAAUAAUCCUCUACUCRCAGGGUAUAUAAAAGGGGUUGCAUGCCUAGUUGAAAAUUAUAUAGAAAACAGUUMAAAAAUUGUGUUGAUUUUUUGAAAAUAAAGCUCUUUGAAACAGAA